UCAUCGCGCGCGCGCAUAGAGGCUCUUAACGUGGAUUUCGGCGGGAUUCUGCGCUGCGUGUGAUCUGGAGAUUAAUGAAAACAAAGAGCGGCUCGGUACACACACUCAGAGUUCACGCGGACGGGACACCACUAACGGAGAGUUCCGGGUUCCGUGCGCGCGAGACCUGAUCGUAUCCGUGAUAGGAUGGCAUGAAGGAAACACCGAAUCAGUUCCGAAGUAAAUGCAUGUUAAAGCGAUCACGUUAGCGAAUCGGAAUUAGUGCAAAAAACAGUUGAAGAUACUUUGAAAAAAAAAAACAUUGAUGUGGACCUGAUUUUCCGAGCCGAACUUUCCGCACCGACCAUGCAAAGUUUGCAGUCUGCUGGUUCCCCGUCACAUCUACUCACAAGCUGCAUCUCACAGCUAACGAACCUGGAGCUGAAUACCGAGAGAUACAGCAGGUGACUUUACCUUCAUCUCCAUCACAGCAUCAGCACCUUCAGCACUGACUCUGUCCCAGAGCAACAUGAAAACACCACGCCACCACAUCCACCAGUGUCCCAGAGCAGUAAAAAGCAUCCGUCAGUCUCCUGCUGAAUUUUCCACCGAGCGUGCCAUGCUUCUUUGAGGAGGAUGCGCUUCCCUCUGAAGAAAAUCCGCAAGCAAUUCAAGCUCCUCCUGCUCCUUGUGCUUCUCACGUUUGCCAUUGGCUUCACCUAUCUGCAUGUCAUCCAGGGCAGGGCCAUUAAACUCCACUCCAGCUAUGGCAAAGAUAUGGAGAGGCAAACAGAAGGCUUGGGUUCUGGCCAGAAAAAGCCGCCUCACUCCUCCUCAAGUCACCCAGAAGACUCCAGUGACAGCACAGAUGAGACAAAGCAUGGUGAUGAGCUUGGUGAAUUUGAGCAGGAAAGAUACAGCAAACCAGAGAUCCAAAAACUUCUCAGCCAGAAGCUCCUCAAGUUGCCAUGGAAACCAGAGUAUAAAGGCCAGGCCAACUUGCACGUGUUUGAGGACUGGUGCGGCUCAUCAGUCUCUCAGCUCAGGAAGAACCUGCACUUCCCUUUGUACCCACAUACCAGAACCACGGUGAAGAAACUGGCUGUGGUUCCAAAGUGGAAGAAUUAUGGACUCCGCAUCUUUGGCUUUAUUCAUCCAUAUAAAGAUGGAGAUUUCCAGUUUGCCAUAUCCUCUGAUGAUAACUCUGAGCUGUGGUUAAGCUCUGAUGAGAAUCCACUCAAUGUCAAACUCCUGGUGUACGUGGGGAAGCACGGCUCCGAGUGGACGGCUCCGGGUGAAUUCAGCAAGUUCAGGUCCCAGACCUCAAAGUCUGUACACUUGAUGGCUUCUAGGAGGUACUACUUUGAGGUUUUACACAAGCAGGAUGACAAGGGCUCAGACCAUGUGGAGGUUGGGUGGAGGCCCUUUUUGCCUGGCUUGAAGUAUGAUGUCAUUGACUCAGCCUACAUCUCACUGUAUACUGAUGAGUCCAGCCUGAAGAUGAACAGUGUGAAACACAUCCCUCAGACCUUGGCCAGCCACAUACGCACUCUGCAGGAGGUCCACGGUUCACACACACAUGCUGCAGACAUGCUCAGACCAGACCCACGCGACACAUUCUACAAGAUCCCUAUGAUGGCUCCGUCCAGGCUGGAGAAGGUGCUCCCGUCUUGUGUUUACUCUCCUACCUAUGUCGUGAGAGAUUUCCCCAUCGCACGCUACCAGGGCCUGCAGUUCGUGUACCUGUCCUACGUCUAUCCGAAUGAUUUCACCAGACUCACUCAUAUGGAAAGAGAGAACAAAUGCUUCUACAGGGAAUCUCCAGUAUACCUGGAAAAGUUUGGCUUCUAUAAAUACAUGAAGAUGGAUGAAGAUAGUGAUGACAAGCCUAUUUUCUUUCCAAAUCCUGAUGAUUUCCUUGAAGAAGAAGAGGGUGUAGAUCUAGAGGAAGAUUUGGUCAUCUCUAAUCAUCAUCCAGUCAGGAGAACAAGCAACACAAGCAUGUCUGAUCAGCUCUCAAGUUCUUCAUUUAGCACCAUCUCUACUAAGACCCAAACAGCCAGAGACUCAAGAGAUCACAUUGUAACCCGAGAGCACCUGUACUCACAUUUCAAAGCCAAGAGAACCAAAAGGAGGAUUAAAGGAGAAGACCAAGCCUACCAUAAACACGCUCAAGAGGAAGAGCAACAGAGAGGAAUGGGUAAAGAGAGGCACCUAAGGCACAUUAUAGAGGCAGACCGUGGGACUUUGACAGACCACAGAGAAAGUACGGAAGAAGGAGACGUUGGCAUGAUGCAGAUUCAUGGACGGCGUUCUUUAAAGUGGCUUCCACCAAGCAGCGUACAGCAAAGCAACAAGAUCACGCCUUUAAGGCUGUCCAAAACAUUCAAGGAUUCUCAGCGUUCCUCGCUAUAUUCGUUGGCGAGUCACCUUCUGAGCAACAGGGCACAUCCUGGCUCUCCAGAGAAAGAAGUUAGGUCAAGCAAAAUCGACCUCACUAAACCUCAUUCACCAAAAAGUUCACCCAAGCCGCCAAUGGAGAUCUUUCCUGGGGUCUUUUUGUAUCAAACUGCAAGCGGGAAAAAGCUUGUGGAUUUCAGUUCAAGGUGGAAAUUCACAAAAAGGCAUGACUCCUGGCCGAAGUUAGACCAUAAAUCACCCACACAGCAACUGAAGCGCAGCUCUCUACUCUCACCUACUGUAUACGGAGUGAAUGAUUUUCCAUCACCCUUCAUAACAGACCUGCCACCAUCAAGCUCAGACUUUACAGGGACAAAUUCGUCUAACAGAAGACGACCCGUGGAGAUCGGGGCCACCACAGCUUCCGAGAUGGUGGAGGAGUCGCAGCAGCCGGAGGUCGCUAAGAUUAAAGACAGCGCCACCUCUGAAUACAGCUACGAAGAUGAAGAGGCACGACCCGGCUGGACUGAGGAGGCGAUCAACUGGCAACGUACAUUCAGCGUAAAUCCGGUGGAUUUUGAGCUGCUCAGGUCGGACUGGAAUGACCUCCGGUGCAACGUGUCUGGAAACCUGCAGCUGGCCGAGAGUGAGGCGCAGGAGGUAAUCGUGCAGUACGUAGAACGGAUAAACAAGUUUAAUGGAGGCAUAUACUUCCUCCGCCGCAUCGUGAAUGUCGAGAAACGCAGAGAUCCGGCACGAGGAAGCCGUUAUUUAGUGGAGCUGGAGCUGUUGGAGGCGGGGGAAAGAGUGGUACGCCUGUCUGAGUACAUCUACUUCCUUCACCAGCGCAGCCGCCAUGAAGAAAUUAUAGAGAGCAGGGAAGUCACCACUCCUUCUGCCCCUGCCGUGCCCUCUAAAAUACCAACCACCAGCAGCAGCUCCAGUGGACCGUCUCGGGCAUCCACGUCCUGGAGAGGUCACUGGCCAAAGCCGCUACUCUGUCAGCCUAUCAUGCUACAGUGGAGGCAUGACGUCAUGGUGCAUAUUGUGGUUCCAGUGAAGAACCAGGCACGGUGGGUUCAGCAGUUUAUCUCCGAUAUGGAACUCCUACAUCGAGAGACCAAGGAUGAGAACUUCAACAUCAUCAUUGUGGACUUUGAGAGUGAGGACAUGGAUGUGGAGCAGGCCUUAAGGGAGAGCACAGUGCCCAGGUAUGAAUAUCUAAGGCGUGAAGGAAACUUUGAGAGAUCUUCUGGACUACAGAUGGGGGUGGACACGAUAGCUGACAGCCACAGUAUUGUUUUCUUGUGUGAUCUGCACAUUCACUUCCCGCUGAGCAUCCUGGAGAGUAUCAGGAAGCACUGUGUGGAGAGCAGACUUGCCUUCGCCCCUAUUGUCAUGAGGCUAGACUGCGGGAGCUCACCUCUGGAGCCACACGGCUACUGGGAGGUCAAUGGCUUCGGCCUGUUUGGGAUUUAUAAAUCGGAUUUUGACAAAAUUGGGGGCAUGAACACUGAGGAGUUCAAGGACCGAUGGGGAGGAGAGGACUGGGAGUUCUUGGAUAGAGUUCUGCAGAAUGGUUUGGAGGUUGAGAGACUGAGACUUCGGAACUUUUACCACUACUACCACUCCAAACGGGGCAUGUGGAAUACUCCUAUAAAGAAACCGAGUCAAGGCUAGCCAGCUGGGACACUGUGGUUGCCUGGGUUGAAUCAGAUGGGGCAGGUUUGAGCCCUUCGGGCUUUCCAGAAGCUGCCUGAAGAGAUCCAAAGCACAGUCUGUUGGCCUUAAACACACUGGGUCAGUUAACACAGAUGGUGGAAUCGUGACUGUCGUGGCAUGGAUGAAUUUACAACAGUUACAUGCCAUGCAUUUUUAGAGUUACAGAGAAUAACUAUAAAAAGUGGCAAACAUAUAGUAGAAGCACAUAACAGAACUUAGUCAAGCUCUGGACAUUAUGAACACUAUUUGUUUUUUUUGGAGGAGUGAACGUGCUCAGGUAAUAUGAUGUUAAUAUGAUGUUUCCAUUAAUAGGUUGAUGUGUUCACAAAUUAUUUGGAGAAAAUGGUGCUUACUAACAAACAGAGACUGUAUUUUAUCUUCAGAAAUGGUGUCAACAAAAAUGGGGUCCAGUUUAUUAUACUGGAUCUUCUCUUUAGCCCCCCCCCCCCCCCCCCCCCCCCCCC